AUGUCACCCAGAAACACAUUAUUCGUCUCGCCAUUCGGUGUCUCUGCUUCUGCCGCCACCGCCGCCGCCGACGCUGCCACCACCUCUCGGUUUGAUCAAAAGAUGAUCGGACACACAAACAAGGUCCUACAGAGGGUGUGUUUGUGCCCAUUGGUUUCAAGUCUGUCUCCUAAUUCUACCAAGAAUACGAAGAAGCAAACCAGCGCAAAUGACAAAUCGCCUUCCAGAAUGGAAGCAUCGAAGGAGGGAGUCGAUCCAGAAGUGGUAGUGGGAAGUCAACGAGAAUCGGUGACGGGACGCGCACAAACAGACACGCACGCACGCACACCCCCACGCACGUCGACCGGCAACCGGGCGACCCAGAAGGCAGUCCAGUCGGCGGAGGUGGUGGUGGCGGUGGAAGCAAAACACCGCAGUCUGCACAAAUCUGCCUUUUUUCGCACCGUCACGUCAUCUUUUCCCAUUAAAAUAAAGUUACGUUUCCCUCCUGGGUUCGCCGAAGCCCCGAUCACUCAUCCCGCCCCCCCUCCCCCUCUCUGA